AUGGUGGUGCUUAGAGAAUUUGGAGGUUGUCAACCCAUAUAUAAAGAUGCUAACAAGGUUGUUACAUUUAAGUUUUUCCAUGUAGAGCAAUUUGGAAUGGCAAAAGAUUUGGGAAAUGACGAUGGGUAUGAUGUGAGUUUUUAUGGUGAAGAGUUUGGAACUGUGAGCCUGACUUCAAGCCAAGUGCGGAAGGAUAGUAGUGAUCCAGAAUAUUCUUGUUCUGAGGAUGAUGAUAGCAGUUAUCCAAACUUUGAAGACAGUGACUAUGCACAAAGUGAUGAAGAGAUUGACUUAUUGAAGAAGGAUGAUAAGUGGUUUGAAGGUUAUGUGGAUCAUAGUUGUAUUGACAAUGAUCCUAAUGCAGAGGAAAAUGAUGAGUCAGACAAUGGAGAAGAGUCACCUACACUUACCUGCCCAAAUAGCUCUUCAAGUGAAGAUGAAAUAGUAGGUGAACUAAGAAGGAAGAAGAAUAGAAUGCCAAAGGGUGAAAAUUUUAGACCUGAAAUUGAUAUGGCAAACCCAAGUUUCAAAAUAGGUUUAAAGUUUGCAAUUGUCGAGAUGUUUAGAAAAGCUGUGAGGAUAUACUCCAUUAAUUGUGGAAGAGAGUUGAUAUUUAUGAAUAAUAACCGUAACAAAAUAAGAGUAGUAUGUGAAGAGAGUUGUCCUUUUGUUAUCCAUGCUUCAAGUGUUAGUGGUAGCACUUACCUGCAGGUGAAAACCUUUAAUCCUACACAUGUUUGUAGUAAGGGGGAGCAAGUUCACCAAGACUAUGGUUAUAGACCAUCUAGAGCAAUUGUGUACAGAGCAAGAGCCAUGGCAGUUGACAUUGUAGAAGGGUCUUACACCUGUAAGAAGGGGUUUUUAGAUGGUUGUUGGCCUGUGGUUUGCUUGGAUGGGUGUCAUGUCAAAGGGCCUCACCUUGGGCAAGUGCUUUCUGCAAUGGGAGUUUAUGCAAACAACGGAAUGUUUCCACUUGCCUAUGCAUAUGUAGAGAUUGAGAGCAAUUCAACGUGGCUGUGGUUUUUAAAAUUAUUGAGUGGUGAUCUGAAUAUUAGGAACAAUUAUGUAUUUAUGACUAACAAACAAAAAGGUUUAAUAGAUGUUGUGGAUGCUCUAUUCCCUCAUGCAGAGCAUAGACAUUGUUUGAAACAUCUGUAUGGAAACUUCUAUUUGGAACAUAGAGGUUUUGCUUCGAAACAUCAAAAGGAAGUAAUUGCUAGGGCCACAACAGUGCCAUGGCAUGCAAAGAUGAGAAAAAUGUUGGAGUUGUCUAAACCUGCACAUGAUUAG